AAUAGCAGAUUGACUAAAGACAAGAGCGAUGGCAACAAUCAAGGGGGUCUCAAGUUUCAGUGCUGAGCAAGAAGCACAGGCACUAAGGAAGGCUAUGAAGGGAUUUGGCACGGAUGAAGAUGCCAUCAUCGAGAUUUUGACCAAACUAAAUGUUUCCCAACGUCAGCAAGUUCUGAUCACCUAUAAAAGCAGUAUUGGCAGGGAUUUGAUUGAUGACUUGAAGUCUGAGCUGAGUGGGAAUUUUGAAAGGGUGAUCAUUGGCAUGAUGACUUCUACCACCAUGUACGACGUGCAUGAACUGAGGAGGGCUUUGAAGGGUGCAGGAACAGAUGAAGGUUGCCUGAUUGAAAUUCUGGCUUCUCGCACAAACGAAGAGAUUCGGCGCAUUAAUGAGAACUACAAACUUCAAUACGGCCGUACCCUUGAGGAGGACAUUGUCUCUGACACAUCUUCCAUGUUUCGAAGAGUCCUCGUGUCCCUCGCAACGGGAAACAGAGAUGAGGGAAUGUAUGUGGAUGAUGCCCUUGCUCAGCAAGAUGCUCAGUGCCUGUAUGAAGCUGGGGAGAAGAAAUGGGGAACAGAUGAGGUACAAUUUAUGGCCAUCCUCUGUACACGGAACAGAUGCCACCUACUAAGAGUUUUUGAUGCGUACAGAGGAAUUGCUAAUAAGGACAUAGCAGACAGCAUUAAAUCUGAGAUGUCGGGAGACCUCGAAGAUGCUUUGUUAGCUGUGGUAAAGUGUGUGCGAAACAAACCUGCGUAUUUUGCUGAAAGACUGUAUAAAUCCAUGAAGGGCUUGGGAACAGAUGACAGCACGCUGAUCCGAGUGAUGGUGUCCCGCUCCGAAAUAGAUAUGCUGGAUAUCAGAAGGGAAUUCCUGACCAUGUAUGGGAAAUCGCUCUACUCCUUCAUUAAGGGAGACUGCUCAGGAGACUAUAGGAAAGUUCUGCUCAGACUCUGUGGUGGGGAGGAUUAAAGGAGGCCUGGUGUACUGCCUGGGUGAUGGGAAGCAGUUGAU